GAGGGCGCUUCCUGCUGCCAUUCGUACCCGGUAGAGAGACGGAAACAGACCGGGGAGGGGAGAGACCGAUCCCCUCUCGGUGCCAGGGCCCUCGCUGCGACAGGGAUCAGCCUGCCAGCCCCCUUCCCCAUUGGCCACCGCCGCCUUCCUGCAGCUCUGGCCCUGAGCGGUCAAGACUCACUGCCAUGGCCGAGGAACCUGCCACUAUUUGUUUCAAUGAAGAGGAUUUUUACUGUCCCGUGUGCCAGGAAGUGUUCAAAACGCCUGUGAGGACAGUAACCUGCCAACACGUCUUCUGCAGGAAAUGUUUCCUGACAGCAAUCAGAGAAAGUGGAACACAUUGUCCUCUAUGCCGUGGAACUGUGACUAAAAAAGAAAGAUCAUGUCCCAAAAGGGCUCUAGAUGUUGAAAACAACAUGAAGAAGCUUUCUGGGUGUUGUAGAUGCUGUGAAAAACAGGUUAGGUUUUCUCGCAUGAGACACCAUUAUAAAACAUGUAAGAAGUAUCAGGAUGAAUAUGGUGUUCCUUCUAUUGUUCCAAACUUUCAGAUUUCCCAAGAUUCAACAGGGAACAGUAAUAGGAGUGAUACAUCUGCAUUUGAUAACGGAGAGAUGGCUAAUCUUCAGACACUUCAGGGAGAUGCAAGUGCACAUCCCACAUUCAAAUGCCCCCUGUGUCAGGAAACCAACUUUACCCGGCAACACCUACUGGAUCAUUGUAACAAUAGACACCUUUAUCAGAUAGUUCCUGUAAUUUGUCCAAUUUGUGUGUCUCUUCCAUGGGCAGAUCCCAGUCAGGUUACUAGAAAUCUUGUUAGCCAUCUAAAUCUAAGACACCAGUUUGACUAUGGAGAAUUUGUGAAUCUUCAGCUUGAUGAAGAAACCCAGUACCAAAAUGCUGUUGAAGAAUCUUGUCAUGUGAAUAUUUAAAGUGUAGGUCCUCUGCAUCUUACUGCACUCUGAGGGAAAAGCUACAUGAAUCCAAUCAGUAAUCUGAAAUGUAUAUUAAUAAAAAGGGAAUUCAGUAUGUUUUUUUUCUUCAGGUUAAAUAUCUUUUUUCCAAGAACAAGAGUUUUUAAAAUGCUUUUUGAUUAGAAAAAAAAUGGAGUAAAUUUUAUUACUAGGUUUCUUAAUUCUACAUAAUUGAUUGUACAGCUAUUGGAAAGGUGUUAAGUCAUUUUACUGAGUAGAGUUCUUUUACUUUAAGUAGGGACCUUGCUAGAGCUAUUCUCUGGUGUCUUUUGAUUUCUGUGUACAUUUUCAUGGUUUUGUUGAUCUUGCAGUUAUAUAUUUGUUAAUGCCAAAUUUGGGGAGGGGAGUGAAAUCAGAUGCAAAGAUGUUGUUUUGCACUUUGCUUUUUAUAGUCAGGGUUUCAUUUGCAAAAUUAUAUCCUCGGGAGAAUAUUUGUGUGUAACUUUUGUUUAAAGCUGAAGUGAUAUUUUUUUACUACCAUAAUUUCUAAUAAUAAAAGUGAGAAUGGCCAAUUUGUAAAGUUGAAAUAGUUGUUUUCAAUAGUGCAGCAUUUUAGAGCAGAUUGGUUUCACUUACAUCACUAAGAAGGAAUGCUAUAUCAUGGCCUGAAGGAAGUUAUUUCUAUUAUGUUUCUCUGAUGUAUCACUAAAAUAGGACAUCUUGCUUCCUGGGCGGAGAGACUGAGCUCUUCCCACGCACCCUGCAAACUGGUGGGGAGAGGAAGUUCUUUGUGUCACUUGACAGAGUGCCUUGUGAAUGAUAUAAAGAUAACAUGCAAAGGGAAAAAAAGUGUCUUUUUGAUAAAAAGGCCAAAGUGUUUUGCCUUUAUACAUAAUUUUUCUGGUUAGUUACAUUAGAAAUCCAGGUUGUGUCUACCAUGAAAAACAGGGAAGACAUUAAACUUGAAAACUGGUAGGAUUAGGACAUAAUUGGUAUCAAGGCAUUGAUAUGUUUUGUCAGUCAUUGUUUAAAACUUUAACAUGUGUUGUAAAUCUGAAUAAGCAGUUGAGAAGAAAAAAAAUCUUGCUGAGAAGAUUCACUACCUCCAUACCUUACACUAAGGGCUGCGAAAGCUCCUAUUCUAGUUCUCCCUCCAAGAUGACCUCCAACAAAAACAGGGAAGGCAAGACUUGAUAUUCCCACAAUUUUAAAAACAGACUUUUAUUUUUAAGUUUGGACCUUUAUAUAUAAGAACCAAAAAGCCCUGUUUUGUUCCCUUGCAUGGCCCUUAAGAAAUGGCUUUAUCAGGUGUAUGGAGAAUUCCCAAAGCUGGGAGAAAUAGGAUGCUUGCAAAUACACCUCUACUCCAAUAUAACGCUGUUCUCGGGAGCCAAAAAGUCUUACAGCAUUAUAGGUGAAACCACGUUAUAUCAAACUUGCUUUGAUCCGCCAGAGUGCGCAGCCUCAUCUCCCCCCGGAGCACUGCUUUACUGUGUUAUAUCUGAAUUCGUGUUAUAUUGGGUUGUGUUUAUAUCGGGGUUGAGGUGUAGUCAGUUGGGACACAAUAUUUUUCCCCUAACCCAUAUCCCUAACUGUCAUUAUUGUACAUGAGUGUUGUGUAUCUAAAAAAGAGAAUAUCCAACAAUUUUGCUGUGCAGCUAGUGAUCUGAGUAAUUGUAUUAUCUAAGUACAAGCAACAGUACAAAUAGCAUUCAGGUGCCUAACUCAUUUGUGCCUUUGGAAAGCAUCACAUACCUUUUUAAGGGGAGGUUAUUGCCAAACAAAGUAAUCUGGAGAAUGCAGUGCAUUUUCCUUAAGUGCUUCACAUUACAUAUAUUCCAGAUCUAUCCAGACUGGAAAGACCAGAAUCUACAGUGUGGAGGCGGGGGAAGAGGGCGGUAUAUAGAGCUAUAAUGCUGGAUAUAUACAAAAUAUUUGAAAUGUUUAUUCUCUAUUUGAAAGGGUAAACAGAUAGUAUAGUAUCUCUCCUGCUGGCUUAAAUUGCCAAAAAUGUAGCCGAAUGGGCUAUUUCACAGAUCCCCUAAAGUUCUAGCCUGUUUACAAUAUCUUAAUGUGAGGGAGGGGGCUUAAUUUCAAGGUAUUCUGCUGCUAAGAAGUUUGUAAUGUUUUAAAAAAAUAAAAGCUCAGAACAUGCUAACUUUUCUACUGUGAACUCUUACAGAAUUUGUUUAUUUUUCAAAGUUCAGUUAUGAAUACAUUUGUUCUUGGAGUCAACAAAAUUCUGAUAUAGUGGAGAUGACAAUAAAUGCCUAGAGCCAAUACAGAUUAUUCUGAGAUCAACACCUGAUUGACUCUGAACAAGUCAUUUCAGCUACCUGAACAUGUCUUGAGAACUCUAGUUUAAAUUACUUAUGUUUUAAAACACUAACUCAAAGACACAAAUACUUCUACUGUUACAGCAAUAAUUAAUAAUUCACAUUGUUGAAAUAAAAUUUUAGUAGAGUUUAAAUGUUUUGAGACUUGAAUUCAUAUUUUAAAAAUAACAUCCUUUUGCAGUAUGUUACAAGGAAUUUAAUCUUUGAACAGUAAUUUGCAAUAAAUGAAUUCUAUUUUGUGUAUUUAAAUGCAGUAUAAAAAUCCUUAAUGCCUGGGAUGUUUUCCCUAUUUUGCAUAUGGUAAACUUUAUAUUGGCAAAUCUUCCUUGUUUAAGUUUUAUAUUUUUACUAUGGUGAGACAGCCUCCAACUACAUUUUUUUAGAUAACAGAUGAAUGACAAGAAAAUAAGCAGUUUGGUCAGAUAUUAUUCUGCUGUUGUCAUUCUCUUUCCCUCUCUUCAUCUCAAAUGUACCCAUGAGGAGGCUGUAUAUUGGUAAUGGGUGAUGAUUGCACUAAAGUAUACACAUUUUAUUGGAAGUGUGCUGUUCAGAAACUGUUUUAUUAACACAUUCUAAUGUACUGAUUUUGAAGACAGGUGUCUGAUGCUUGAAUUGUACCUUGGUUUUCUAUUAAAACACUUUAUUUUCUAUG